AUGCCUAGUGUAGACCCGCAAAAUAAAGUGUCGGUUUGUUGUUUCGACCGUCACAGCUGUCAGUGUCUCUUCCUUAUGCUAAAAAUGUCCACUGUAACGCUGCCGGGAAACGACCAGCAUGUCUUUCAUCGACGUGACUUUGAGGAGCCACCGUCAGUGAACCGGAGAGGAGGCGGACACUCUGCUCUGCCGGUCCCCGGUGCUAGGCAGCCCACACUCCAACACCAGCGACACCAGGGCAAUGUUAGACGGACACGACCUGGACCACCCAGUGACCCCAGUGCUGCGUGGCCCCGUGUGGACGAUCCCACCACACGGCCUCAGCUAGAUGACUGUGAGCGCAUGGGGACUCUGUUCGGGAUGCUCAACAAGUGCCUGCGGGGGAUGGGCUUCAGCCAGAUGUACUUUGGGGACAAGAUAGUGGAGCCAGUGGUGAUCGUCUUCUUCUGGCUGCUGCUUUGGUUUCUGGGUAUUCAGGCUCUGGGCCUGGUGGGAGCUCUGUGCAUCAUCAUCAUCUACAUCCAGAAGUAAUGAGAAUGGACUACCAGUGGAGCCUGGUCUUUUCUUUUGCUUCAUUACUUCUAUACAAAGGCAGGAUAUUAUGAUUGGAACAUGCAGUGGGUGUGUGCUUUUAGUGAGGCAGCUUUGUGAACAGCGCUGUGCUGCUCUGGUUUAGUGGCCGAUGGACAGGAAGCAGGUUCACUCGUCCUCUUCUGUCUCAUUAAGCAGAGGUGGAGCUGUUGUCCUGCCACUGCUGACUCGGCAGAAUGGUGUCAUGUGAUUUGAAGCAAGGGGAACAAACCCCUUGACAUGGUUUGUUUGUGUUCUCGAGUCAAAGGCUACAAAAGUGAAAGCCAAGAAUCAAAAUGCUCAGGAUAUAAAAUUGUCUCCGUAAGGAUCCUUUCACUUUAAAAUACGGUACAUCACUUAAAGCAGCACUGUCUUUUUUACUCACCUCAGUUCAGCGUUGCUCUUGAACUUCCUGAGCCUAAAUGUGGCAGUUUCAGUCUCUGACAAUCAUAAAAGGAAGGUGCCGUAGUUUUUUCUUUUCUUUUUUGGCUUUAUUGAUAAAUUUCCAUAAUUAGCUUUCAGCAUCAUGUCAUCAUUUUUACAAAAAAAUCAUUUAAUCAGUUGUAGUUUCAACCUGAUCUUUGAGCUUUUUAAAUCUUAAAAAAAUCAUUAUAAUUAUAUAUAAUAUUAUAAUUAUUAUUAUAUUUUUAAUUAUCAUCAUUUACAGGUUCGAGAAACACACGAAAAACAUUUUAUGGACCAAACAAGAUUAAUCGAGAAAAUAAUCCAUAGAUUAAUGGAUAAUCACUAGUUGCAGCUCUACGUAGCCAAAUUGAUUUUUGAGUUUUUGGCUCACAUGUUAAUCACAAUCUUCCCGCUAAGGUUGGAAAUGAAUCUUAGCUCCUACACACUCACUAAAGUGAAAUAGUGCAAGGACAGAGGUUCAGGUGCAGAGUGUCAACGACAGAAUCGCCAUCAAAAAAGAUGCAUAGUGUUGCUUUAAUGUGAUUGUGCAAGCACAUCAGUAAUAUAACUGAUAAUAAUAACGACCCAUCAUUAAAGGGAUAGACUGGGAUUUUUGAAGUAGAGGUGCGUGUACACUGUGAUUAUGUCGUCUCCCUCUGACAAAAACAGAACACAGGAGUCUACUGCUGCCUCCAUCAGUAAGUCUGUGGUCCCCUUUACACCUGGCAUUAGGACGCGUUUUCUGUUACUGGAUACAGAUCAGACGCCGCUUUCACGGUAACAUUUUAAUGCUGUGUGUAAAGGGGGCCUGGGUUAUAUAAACUAACACUAACUGCAAUAUGCCACAGUGAAGCAACAUGCGACACAAUAGGAAGAAAGCAACAAGGCCAGUUCUAACUGUGUCACUUUAUGAUCUUUCACAGCAAAGGUGCACUGCAGACGUGUUAAAGUGAUAAAGACUGAAGAAGACAUUGGUAUUAUAUCAAGAUCACAGUUUGAAACAAUGCAAUUGUAUCCUAUUGUUAAGUUAUGAAGCCAUGACUAUAAAAAAAAUAUCUUCAAAAAUAUAUCUGUCAGAAAAAUGUGGUUCAACGACGUGAUUCAAAUACUUGCUGAUCGAGGCAGAAAUCCUGGACUAUCCCUUUAAUUACAAGCGUACAUCGUGUGUUCUUGUGAAACUAUGCUGCAAAAUGUUUACAUGUCAUACACUGGGGAUUUAUGAUGAGUCACAUUGAUGGAAAGAUGGGAAAUAAGUUGGCACAAAACAGAACUUUUUUUAAAUGUGUUAAAUGGAUACAAGCUCCUUAUGUUGUUUGCUUUUAGUAUAAAAUGUAUCAGACAUGUGUCAUGUAGGAAAAUCUUGGUUCGCACUGGGCGGGUUCAUACUUAAAACUGUCAGGAUAUGAAUCUUUCAUAUACCGUAAGACCGGCACAUAAAACUGAAGUGCAUGCUAAAGAAGUAGCUGUGGAAGUAAUAGCAGGUGCAGAGUGGAGUGUUCUUAGAGGCGUCAACACAAGCAAUUUACUCCAACACCUUAGCAGAAAACAUGUGUUGGAGUGCUAAAGAGAUUAUGCAGUUAACUCACUCAUGUUCAUGCAUGAAAAUAACACUUCUCUGUCAUCAUCUUGUUAAACCCUGUAGCGAGCCAGGGGUUUGUGAUGGUGUAGCUAACUCUCACUGGACUGUGGAUCAGUGGAAAUUACAUCUGGAUUUGAAUGUGAAUGGGAUUUGUUUGAUGUACCAACUGAGAAUGAACAUUGUUGACUUUUACUGUGUGAAAUGAACGCUCGGGUUUGCCACUUUUACCCGGCUGUCAGCAAAAUACACUGGAUGUUGUUUUGAGUUUUUUUUGUAAAAUGAUGAAAUGCCUAUAGUCUGAAUAACAGUUGAACGAAGGUGUCUUAUCCGGUCACUCCGUUUUAUCCGAGUGGGAUUAACAUGAAGACCAAAGAUAUACUUUCUGUCUGACAUAUACUGCAUUUGUUGUGCACGUCCUCAGAAAUUCAUAUAACAUAUUGAAAAUAUGCAACACUAUAAACACUGUCUGGGCUGUCCAUCAUUCAUUACUUAUUUUAAUCAAAUCCAAACUUAUUAUUAUAAUAAUACUAUGUAUCCACAAGCUUUUACUACUGUUAUCAUGUAGUUGCUGUAAGUUUUGUCCACGAGAGAGCAAAUGUUGCCUCACAUGCAAUCUCUUCCACCAUGUACUGCAGAAACAUAUCACAUGUGUGUUUCCAGGCAAGUAUAUCUCUGAAGUGCUGAAGUUGAACAAACACGCUCACAUUUAUCAUAUCUAUAGAAUUACGUUUGCUCGUAGACUGAGCGUUCUGUUGCAUCUGAAUGUAUAUUAGGAAGCUGGAUGAAGGAAUGUUGAUCCAUUGAAUGUGUAACAGUGUGGGAGUAGGUGAAGGGGAGGAGUUUACUUUGAUUUGACCUUUGAUGGUAAAUACAGUUUCAGGUAUGUUUUUGCAGCCAAACAUGUUUUACGUCUGUUGUUGUUUAUUUUGUACUAAUGUUUACAUCAUGUAGUCCUGUCACUGAUUUUUGGGGUUGAACUAGAGCAGAGGGAGACGGGUCUCUUUGUGCUGAGUAUCAUGCACAUGAUUAAAAAUGGUUUGUUCACAAAA